AUGUCUGAUAGCGAGUCGUUCUCCGAGCGCGAGCCCAAUGCGUUCGACGAGGAGUCAUUGGACGGUCUCUUUGACUCCGACGUUGAAGCGGCAGGGCCUGAUGCCGAGGAGGGGAGUGAUACCGAUGUCGAGAUACUCGGCGAAAGGCCCAGCCCAGUCCCCAUACAUGGCAUUGGAAAUGGGCUUAUGACCGCUCCGGUACCGUUGUCUAUCGUAUAUAGCGACGGUCGCCACGUGGGGCUUGGCGCCCCUGGGGAGGCGAGCGGUAGUCACUAG